AUGUCGAACUCGGUUCCAACUGAUGUAUUGAGUGCGACGAUUGAAAAAGAAAUCUACUAUCACGGAUUGAUGCCAAGAGAAGAUGUUCGAUUGAUUCUUGACAAAAAUGGGGAUUUUUUGAUAAGAUUAUCAGAACCAAAGCCAGGAGAAUUUCGAUCAUAUAUUCUAAGCGUUAUGUUCAAUAACAAAUUAGAUGAUUUCAACUCGGUGAAACACUUCGUGAUAAAUAAUGCACAAAAGAAAUAUUUCAUAAACAAUAAUGUAUCAUUCAACUCCAUUCAACAAAUGCUCAGUCAUUAUCAAAAGAGUAACACUGAAAUUCAAGAUGGGUGCAAACUAAUUAUACCAAUACGUCGCCAAUUUUGGGAGUUGGAUCAUGAAAUGAUACAUAUUCAAAAGAAAUUGGGAGAAGGUGCAUUCGGCGAAGUGUCAGCUGGUAUAAUGAAGUUCAAAAGAGGAGGAAAAGCGGUUUCAGUUGCUGUGAAACAAGCAAAAUUAGAGAAAUUGGGUAAAGAUCAGAUCAAAGAUUUUAUGAUGGAGGCAAGAACAAUGAGGAAAUUAGGUCACCAAAAUGUAGUGAAAUUCUACGGAGUUGCUGUCUUACAGGAGCCAUUGUAUCUUGUCAUGGAACUGGCUUCCAAUGGGGCACUCGAUGGCUAUCUGAAGAAAAAUGAAGAUUUGCCGGUUGAAAAACGGACUGAAAUGCUGCUUCAAAUUGCUUGGGGUCUCGAAUACAUUCAUGGAAAGCCGAUGUUACAUCGAGAUAUUGCUGCGAGAAAUUGCCUUUACGGCGAUGGACAAGUUAAAAUAUCAGACUUCGGAUUAACAAGAAAUGGCACAUUCUAUCAGGUUAAGCCAAAUACCAAAGCUCCGAUUAGAUGGUUGGCGGUGGAAACAAUCAAGACGAUGAUUUGUUCUCAAAAAACAGAUGUAUGGGCAUAUGGUAUUCUCUGUUGGGAAGUCUUCAACAAUGGAGCGGAGCCAUAUCCUGGAAUGACACCUGCGGAUGUUGCUCAACAAGUAUCCAAUGGAUAUCGCAUGCCACCAUAUCCAUUAGCACCACCAGAUGUGCAGACUUUGAUGAUAAACUGCGUUGCGGAAAACCCAAAUGACCGCCCAACAAUGCCCGAAGUCGCCAUAACAUUGCAACGGGUCACUGGUGUCCCUCGUCCGAACUUCGCAAUGAUCGCAAAGAAGCAAGCUGAGGAGCUAUUACUCAUGAACACUGCAACUGUAAAAACUAAUACCCAGCGACGUAAAGGAACUAAAAAAACUGCAGUUCCGAAGGGAAUGUAA